AGUUCAUACAAUACUACUGAGACAUCUACAGCUUAGCAGACAGAUACGGUGAACCGCCUAUCCCGGCUCCUGUAAGUGAUGCUACACUGAGGCACACUUUGAUCCAACUCCAUUGGGGGGCGAUGCGCUCUCUGCAUCCCUCCUUCAAGAGUUUUUUUGGGGAGCGUGCACAACCUCGAAUCAGUCAAAACAAGUGGUUAUAAAAUAAAUUAGCUGUAAGCUGUCAAUUUUUCAUCAGAAGUCCUUUUUUUUCUUGCGCUCUUGGAUUGAAGUUUUACGCGCGGGUCAAGACGCCUUUUUGUAACGCACACGUCUAAGUUUGGUGCCAGCUGAUUUUAAGCUGGUAAAAUAAAGUAGGAAUUGCCAGGCAUGGUAGGCUAGGGAUGCAAAGUUAAUGUAAAAACACAGCUUGGAUCAAUGCGUAUCUCCGGCCGUGGGAUUGCGAGCCCAAGACACCCGAAGAGGAAUUACAGCGUCCUUUUCAAAAGUUGAUCGCUGUGCAUGAUUUAUUUUUCUCUCCUGCACAUGAGGACCACAGCUUUUUUUAGCGCAUGGAUAAGUUUUGGUAGUGGAUAACAUUUUUUUCUUUCUUUCUACUUGCAUUGCGUUUUGCUGCCGCUUCUGAUGAGGAUCCUUUCCCCCCACUUCAGUUUAAUUCAUGGCACUUCUUUUUUUGUAAAUCAGUGAUGUCUCCACGCGACGGUACUCACGGUUGAUUUUUCAUCCUGUUCGAGCGGAAAAGAGUUGCUGCUGUAGAAAGUGAAGCUCCCGUCCACUCUUGAGUAUGGACUUAGCAAGUCAGGCUCAUGCGCUGGUGGUCUUGCUCACCUGUGUGGUCGUGCUAUGCCGGGCCCAGGAGAGGGACUACACGGUGAAGGAGGAGCAGCCGGAGAACGUCCGCAUCGGGAACCUGCGCAAGGACCUGGACCUCAACCUGGACCCCAGCAUCAGGCUAUCCUCCCCGCUGCAGUUCAAGCCUGUGUACAAGACAGGUGACGUGCCUUUGGUGAGGGUGGAGGCCAACACGGGGGAGAUCUUUACCACCAAUCACAGAAUCGACCGGGAGAAGCUGUGUUCAGGGGUCUUCGCUGAGAAACGCUGCUACUAUGAGAUUGAGGUGGCCGUGCUGCCGGAUGAGAUCUUCCGGUUGGUCAAGAUCCGCUUCCUGAUCGAGGAUGUAAAUGACAACGCGCCCCUUUUCCAGUCCACUGUAAUAAACAUCUCCAUCCCGGAGAACACAGCCAUCAACACCCGAUACCCGGUGCCCUCAGCGUUUGACCCUGAUGUAGGGAUCAAUGGGAUUCAACACUAUGAACUGGUCAAGAGUGUCAGCGAGUUUGGUUUAGACAUCAUCGAGACCCCUGAAGGCGACAAGUGGCCGCAGCUCAUCGUUCAGCAGAACCUGGACCGCGAGCAGAAGGACACCUUCGUCAUGAAGAUAAAGGUAGAGGAUGGUGGCAACCCCCCCAAGUCCAGCACCGCCAUCCUCCAGGUCACCAUCUCCGACGUCAACGACAAUCGUCCCGUCUUCAAGGACAGCGAGCUGGAGGUCACCGUGCCGGAGAACGCGCCCAUGGGGACAUCUGUUGCUCAGCUUCACGCCUCGGACGCAGACCUGGGUUCCAACGCACAGAUCCACUUCGCUUUCAGCAACCAGAUCUCUGCCUCAACCAAGCGUCACUUUGCCAUCGACAGCUCUACGGGACUGAUCACUGUGAAGCAGCCGCUGGACAGGGAGGUAACUCCUGUUCACAAACUCAUCGUCCUCGCCAGCGAUGGCAGCUCCACCCCCUCCAGAGCCACAGUGAUUGUUAAUGUUACAGACGUUAAUGACAAUGUUCCCUCCAUAGACACUCGCUACAUUAUCAACCUGGUUAAUGGGACUGUUCUGCUCUCUGAAAAUGCACCUCUCAACACCAAAAUAGCCCUCAUCACUGUUACUGACAAGGAUGCAGAUCUUUAUGGCAAAGUAGCUUGCUACACUGACCAUGAUGUUCCUUUUCGGUUGAAGCCUGUCUUUAAUGAUCAAUUUUUACUAGAGACAGCUGCCCCCCUAGAUUAUGAGACGACUCGAGAAUAUGCAAUUAAGAUAGUGGCCUCGGAUAGGGGGACGCCUCCUUUGAACACUUCAGCUAUGGUUUUAAUUAAAAUCAAGGAUGAGAACGACAAUGCACCCAUCUUCCCCCAGCCGGAAAUCCAACUUUCCAUACCGGAGAACAAUGACCCCUCUACACAGUUAAUAAAAAUCAGCGCCACUGACGCAGACAGCGGACAUAAUGCUGAGAUUAUUUAUACUCUUGGCCCUGAUGCGCCUGACGGGUUUAACAUAGACAGACGGUCAGGAAUUCUCUCCGUUGGCAAACGACUGGACAGAGAGAAGCAGGAGAGGUACUCAUUCACUGUCAUAGCGAGGGACAAUGGCUCCACGUCCCUGCAGAGCAAUGUCACUGUCAGGCUAAUCGUCCAGGACCUUAAUGACAACAGCCCAGCUUUCACACACCCUGAGUACAACUUCUAUGUGCCUGAGAACCUGCCUCUCUAUGGAACCGUGGGCUUAAUCACAGUGACGGACGCAGAUGCUGGAGAUAAUGCGAUUAUAACCCUGUCUGUUUUGAACGGGAAAGAUAAUUUCAUCAUCGACCCUCAAACCGGUGUGAUCAAACCCAAUAUCACCUUUGAUAGGGAGCAGCAAAGCUCCUACACAUUUAUGGUCAAAGCUGUUGAUGGGGGGCAACCUCCAAGCUCCUCCUACGCCAAGGUCACUAUUAAUGUAGUCGACGUGAACGACAAUCGCCCUGUGUUCGUCAUCCCGUCCUCCAAUUACUCAUAUGACCUAGUGCGAAUCACCACCACCCCUGGUGCUGUGGUCACCAGAGUGUUUGCCAUUGACAAUGACACAGGUAUGAAUGCUGAGCUGCAGUACAGCAUUAUCAGCAGCAUCAUCAUCACAUCUAGGGUCUCCCCUCGAGGUCUCUUUGCCAUCGACAAAACAACGGGUAACAUAACACUGCAGGAGAAAAUAGUGGCAGCUGAUCAGGGGCUGCAUAGGCUGGUAGUCAAGGUCAAAGAUCUAGGCCAGCCUGAGUCAUUACACGCCAUCGCACUUAUUCACUUGUUUGUCAAUGACACUGUGUCAAACGCUACCUUUAUCCAAGAGCAGCUUCGAAAAAGUAUGGAGACACCCUUGGAUCGUAACAUAGGGGACAGUGAGGUAACACCUCAAGCCAACGGAUACGUGAUUGUUGUGAUAGCAAUCAUAGCAGGGACCAUGACUGUCAUCUUGGUGAUAUUUGUGACUGCCUUGGUGCGGUGCAGACAGACACCCAGACACAAAGUGGUGCAGAAGGGCAAGCAGAGUGGCGAGUGGGUGUCACCCAACCAAGACAACCGUCAGAUCAAGAAAAAGAAGAAGAGAAAGAAGCGAUCCCCCAAGAGUCUCCUCUUGAACUUUGUGACCAUAGAUGAAUCCAAGCCUGACGACCCCACACAUGAGCAUGUUAAUGGCACACUGGAUCUCCCUGUGGAGUUAGAGGAGCAAACCAUGGGGAAGUACAACUGGGCCACCACGCCCACCACCUUCAAACCCGACAGCCCAGAUUUAGCCAAGCAUUACAAGUCCGCGUCCCCUCAGCCUACAUUUCAAAUCAAACCGGAGACUCCAGUGGCCCCAAAGAAACACCAUGUGAUCCAGGAGCUCCCCUUGGACAACACGUUCGUGGUGGGCUGUGACUCACUCUCCAAGUGCUCAUCGACUAGCUCCGACCCGUACAGUGUCUCAGAGUGCAGCUGUCAGGGGGGAUUCAAGACUGCGGGGCAAAUCACCACCCGACAGAACCUGAGCCAGACACCGGAGAAGUCUUUUAACUCGCCGCCCCCCAUUUGUCCUCAUAAGGAGGCCUGUCAACUUGGCAAGAUAACCUCUGUGAAUACCCAGCGCCGCGUGACGUUCCAUCUUCCAGACGGUUCCCAGGAGAGCUGCAGUGACAGCGGACUGGGAGACCCGGAACCUAGCAGCACAGCCAGCACCACCCAGCCUCUUCCCCUCAGCUUCCCCCAGGAGGAGUACUAUGAGCAAACAUCACCUAACAGCCGCACCGAGGGAGAUGGGAACUCAGACCCUGAAUCUACCAUCGAGGUGAACUUGCAGAAAGCCUUGGCUGAGGCCUCUGAGACCUGUACCCAGGAGUGUCUGAUACUGGGCCACUCCGACAGCUGCUGGAUGCCCCCAGCCCUGGCCCAGUUCCAGGGUUCUGGCAACAACAGCCCCACCUCCACCCCUAUCACCACUGCAAUCGCCGGUACAAUGCCCUCCUUUGGCUUCCAGCAGAGCUGCGCCCGGGGAGCCAAAGCUAACAUGAUGAGCAUGGGGGUCAUGGAUGGUCGCCAUACCCUGGGCAGGUCUGUGCCCAAAAAAGAUGAACUGGACAAAGGGAUCAGCCGCCCGCAGUUCUACAACACCCUGGAUAGACACUGCAGUAAGAAGGAGGACCCCGUCAAGGUCAUCCCCCUGGCGAGCUUCUCCUCCCCCGGGCAGCAGACGCCCGGUGGGGGUAGCAGCUCUUUCUUACACGAGCACCAGCUGUAAGAGUGAAAGACAGAUCUCCAUCACCCUGACAUACAUGUGACUCAGUCCAUAGACGGCUUGUUGUCAGUGACUUUAUGAGCAGUAUGUAUGCGUACGCGUGGAGGUAUGCAUCAUUUGAAUAACUUUGUCCAGCUCCAGCUCAGUUUUACUAAUGAAGACAUCCGAGAAUGGAUUCGAUCACGAUGUUGUUGUUCAGACAAAAUCACCUCGGAUCAGUCUGACAGAUUACGCAUUUGAAAGGAAAUGUAGGUUUUAACACAGCAGGCCCAUGUAUAAUACAUAAAGGUAGUUCUAUACCAAAGUAGUUCCAUCACAGAAAAAAAAAGAAGAAUUUUUUGCUUUCAGUUCGGUGAUGUUUGCUUAGUGAUAAGAAAGGGCAGUGUACGCUUUAAGCUUCGGGCCCAGCUUAGUGGAACUGUGUCCUUAAAGACCAUUUAUUUGCGCAGAAACACUUGCAAAUACAGUGCUUUGUGUUGAGUGGGCUAAAUCAGGCUAAAUGUUAAUUAUGAGCUCUGGGUGGAUGGUGUUUCUGUUAAGUUCUAGUGAAGUAUUGCUCUGUAUAACACGCAGCACAAACUCCUUUGGUGGUAGAAGAUGUUUCUUUUGUCUCGUCUGAACGUGUUUCAGAAGUCUAUUUUGGUCAGGGGACUGCAGAAGGAUAAAAAAAAAAGUCUACAAAGCAUAACCAGGCCAAUGGUAGACAACACCGGUAAUCUUUUGCAUUCUACAUUCUCACCGUGGACCAGCACACAAAAUAUAACAGAAAAAAAAACAACAAAAAAAAAACUCCUGCACAUACACACACACACCCAAGAUGUUUUCCAUAUGGUGGUUGCUCCAUCUCUGCCAACUCUAUUAAGAAAAUGUUCACUCCUUGCAUUAUCUCAGCAGCUUAGCCUUGAAAGGCGCAGACAGAUGCGCUUUGGAAAUGUACCCUUUGUUUCCUUCCCUUUGUUUCUAUUUCUCACAUUUUGCUGCUCAGAAACACUCGCAUAAUAACAGCUAUGGAGCCAAUUAUGAAAUUCUCAGUCUAAUUACUUUGAUGUGUGAUCUCAGUAGCGACCCUUAUUGUGGUUUGGAGGUCUGGAAUGGUUCUCUUGGCUAGCCAGAAACUUGCUCUGCACGUGCCGAGGCAAUGAAAAGGUGACAAGCGCUCGGAAAAUAGCAGCUUGAAAAGCUCCCUCAUUUCCAAUCAUAUCAUUAAUAUCACCUAUUGUUCUUGCUAUUAAUUACCACUGUGUGUUGUCAUACAAGUCCAUUUGGCUGCAAAGUUUCUAUUAACAGUUUUUACAACAGUGUGUGUUGACACUGGGAUAAUAGACCAGGGUGCAAGAAUUUCUCUGGAGCCCUGAGUCUUACUGAAUUAUUGAUGUGAAUGUUUUUUUGCAGUUAUCAUAAGGGUAGGCAUUGGCACCAUUUGAAAGGACCUCCCUGCUGCAUCACUGCCUGUGUGUGUAAAUCGGACUGAUGAUGAUAACUACUUCAGACUAACUUGCUGCUGUAACAGAUUGGGUGCAGGAUAAUCUAUUGCUACAGCAAUAAGUGACUUUGCUGAUAUCCAUUUUUCUCUCCUGUAACAUCCAAGCCAGGUGUCUACAUCAUCAGGUAUAUGAUUCAUGCGGUUCAUUUUCUUGUACCAUCUUGCAAAUUGGGAACAGGCCUAAAUCUAUAAUGCAACGUGGCAUUCUCGAGGGGAAGGCGCAAGGCAAAUUGUGUUUGCAUGCUCUUAGCCGCCGCACCUAUUCUCUCUGAUAGUUGGGGUCAGGACUCUUAUCAUUAUAAAGAGGAUUUAUCUGAGAGUCAGUGAAAUGAUCACUUAAAGGAACACUGUGUCAAGGACACGGAAAAAGGGGCAAUUCAAUUUCACCUCAGUCAAUUACCAAAAUGAAUCUAAUUCAAAACAAGCAACUUAAAUAAAUUCUCCUGCAGUAUAAACAUACCCCGGCUUGGGAAUCCAAUUUCAGCUCAUUUAAUACCACUCUUUCUCCCCCCCAUCACUUUCCAUCAUUGAUACUUUGUCAUGUAUCACCAAACGGUUGAAACAAUACAUAUUUAAUCAAAAGGAGCACAUAUCAAAGGGAGCAUACAUCAAGAUGUCACUGAAAAUCUGAAUUUUAUCACUCUGACAAAUGCAAAUCCAACACUUGUUUUUAUUUUUACUCCAAAUGCCGCCUCAAAAUAAAAUCCUUUCAGUGUCUGUUUACAAUUAUGUGGGGAAAAGUAGGGCAAAGAAAUUCCUGGUUGGAUGUUUUCCAACAAAAAUAAAGCUGAAAAAUAACAAUUAAGUUCUUAAAAAAAAAAAAAAAAUCCCCAUUUUACAAGUACAGAGAUGAUCUGCUGCUGUUGGGAAAAAUGUGCCCUUCCUCAUAUCACAGAGGGAGAGAUAUCCAUGACAUGAAUACGGAAUAAUACACUGUCACACUGUAUUUUUAAAAAAAUGUGAUUGUUUGAAAUAAUUUAUCUGAUCACACGUGUACAGUAAGCACAAUAUUACCUUUCUGUAACCCUCACUGUGUUUGACUCUGCCUACAUAACUCCUGUGUAUUGUAAUGUUGCAGCAGCUACAUUAAUUGAAAGACUACUUCUAGUGGGAGUAGAAGAAUAACUGCAUGAAUGUACAUCUGUAGGAUGUUGCUUUUGAUACCGACAUGACUUUUUUUGUCUGCUGCGGUCCUAUUUUGUUCAAUUAUGCAAUUCUAGAGGUAAAAGAAGUGUUUUUAUUUAUUUAUUUCUCCAACAAAGAGCAUACCAUACGAAUGUGCAUUUGUUUUUUUUUAUUAUUUUGGAGGGGCUCCCCUGAGUAAGUGGUGUUCCUCUGUAUCAAAGGUUUUCAUCUUUAACAGUGAAAUUGACAAAAAGUGGAGGGUGAUGAUCACGGGUUUUCACUUUGCAUGAUUCUGCUCUCACUGUCCCAUUUUUCUAACUCCCUCUGCCCUCAAAGUAAGGUUACUAUACAUACAACUGAUUGCUUUUUUUUAUUUUUCAGAAUUUUUCUAUUCAAAAACUUGUGUCACGAUUACCAUGUCAAGGUGUGUCAUGAUUUGCAUGAACUGUUUGGACCUCCACAAGGCGUUUUCUAACACCUGACUGUGUGAUUCAUGCAUCCAUCAUUAGAUUCAGUGUCAGUAUUGAUGUUUACUGCUCUACCUGUUUGUCUGUCUUAUGGAACUAAACAAAUGUUACACGGUGUACACAUUCGAACUCUGUGACGUGUGCGUGCCACUUAUGCCUCCGCGUACACACAAAUAUCUAUACCGUCAGGUAAACUGGAUUUUAAACUGUACAUAGCAGUACCCCUGAGAACUAGUAAUAACGAUUACACACUGGAAAGACACAUACAGUAAAGACCACAGGCUAAAUACUGGAAUUCGCUUUGUUGAUAAAAAGGAAAAAGGGAAAACAUAAGAAGUGAUGAGAUGACAAUCUCGCUUGUAAUGUAAAUGGAUACAUAUGCAUAAUAUUGACGAGAGUGUGUCUGAAUGUGUUUAUAGGUGAUCUUGUAUGUUUGUGAGGGGAGAGUGUGUGUGUCUCCUUGCAUGUAUGAGCGUGCGUGUGUGUGUGUGCACAUAUGUGUGUACUGGCAUGCACCUUGCCAGGAUAUUUUAUGUACACAAAUGUAUCUUGUACAAAAACUAUAUCAAAAUAUGAUAUAAGACUUAAGUAUAUGCUUGUAAAUCAGUCAUCGGUGAGUCAGGUUGAGUUUUGCUUUGGGAGAAGGCUUCAAUGCUUGCCAGCGAAUCUGUAUUGGUCAGUUAAAGCUAUACAGUCUGUGUUGUCAUGCCUUUGUAAGAUAUCCCAUUUAAAUCUAUGAAAAAAAUGACCUUCAAUAUGGUGAAAUGAUUUUUCUUGUCAUUGAAUUUUACUUCAGCCAUUAAAUAUUGAGUCCUCAAAGUACA